UGGCAAAUAAUAAGUAUGACGCCCACCUCAAGGAAGGCUUGCCUGCCUGCCAUGAGCAGCGUGUGACUUUUCUUUGGAUGUUCAGGCCGGGAGCAAUAAUUCCUCGUGGUGCACUUGUCUGCGAGCUGUAAUUUGUCACCAUAAACGUGACGACGAAACCUCUUGGAGCGCUGCCUCGCUCCUUUCAAAAAGCCAUUUCCACUCCAGCCAUGUGCACGUGCGAUACAUAUUUAUAUAUUUGAUACAUCUGUUUACCGGCCGCGUCGAUGACUUUUAACCCUUUUGUUGAAAAGAGAGGGGAAGAAUCAGCAGUUUUAGCACAAAGAGGUCAAUAAUUAAUCCUCAGCAUCCCACGCGGACUGACUUUUUCUUCUUCCCCCAACAAAAAAAAGGAGCGAGCGUGCAUGUUGAAAGCUGACGAGACGUUUUUCUUUCUCUUAAGAAAAAAAGGCAACAUUACCAUGCCGAGGGAUUCCCCACGCAUGCACUGCUUGCUCCUCCAUCCACUUUGCCUGCAAGUCAUUUCAUCCAGUUAAUCAUUAAGAACCCCCACAUACACACAUUCCUUGUCUUCUGGUUCUAUUAAGGAUGCACUUUUGUGAUUAUGUUCAAUUUCUCCCUCGCCCUCAUUUGCUUGCAUGAGGAGGAGGAAGAGGAGGAGGAAGAGGAGGAGGAGGAGAGGCAGCAGCUUAAUUUGAACUAAGGCGCGACUUCAUUUGCAUAAUUUUUCUUGUCUAUGGUGUGACGACGCGGUUCGGGCCAUUUGAGUGGCGAUCACACAAGAGGGUCCAGUCCAGUCCGGUCCAGCCUCCUUAUACGCAGAAGCAUCGCUUCCAAUGGCCUGACGAUCAAUUGGAGCCCUCCGAGCCAGAUAAGACUUAUCUUGGCUGACCCGCCCGCUUUCCUAAUCUCCAUGUACACAUCCACGUCGAGUGGGGAAGACACGAAGAAGAAGACGAGGAGAAAAAAAAAAGCAAAGGGGGGCUUCUUCUCCUCCUCUCCUCUUUUUUUUCUCCCCUCUCUCGACUCUCCUUGUUGUGGUGGCUGCGUGCGUGCAUGCAUGGCGCUCGCUCGCUUCCUCAACUUUCCUCCGGAUUACUACUUUGAUCGAUUUCGCCGCUGAAUGAGAAAAUAUUGCUCGCUACUCUGCAUUGGUCGUCAGAGGUUAAGGUUCACCCGAGGAGGCCAUUGGCGGAGAGGCGUCACGUGACCACGGGGUGCCAAUGUUCUUCUACAAGGGUGUCAAGACCCUGUCACUUUGUGAAAUAAAUAUUGGGAAACGGCGAGAUGCAAAAGGCAACCUACUACGACAGCUCGGCAAUUUACACUGGCUACCCGUAUCAAAGCGCAAAUGGCUUCAGUUAUGAUGCCAAUCAGGUCCAAUAUCCCCGCGCCUCUCAUGUGGAAAGUGACUACCAUCGACCCGCCUGCUCGCUGCAGUCUCCCGACGGCUCGGCGGCGGAGAGCCGCGGCGACGGAAGCGCCGCGCAGCCGCCGCCGCCGCCGUCCACCGAGAGCAGCCCGACGCCCUCACGCUCUCCCUCGGAUGCCGGCAAGCCGAGCGGAGCCAAAAGCGGCUCGCCGUCGUCGGCCAAUCGCGGCAAGCAGAUCUUUCCCUGGAUGAAGGAGUCACGCCAGAACACCAAGCAGAAACCCGCAAAUAGCGCCAGUUCAGUGGAGAGCUGCCCAGGAGACAAGAGUCCUCCCGGAUCGGCGGCCUCCAAGCGGGCCCGGACUGCUUACACCAGCGCCCAGCUGGUGGAGUUGGAGAAGGAGUUCCACUUCAACCGCUACCUUUGCCGGCCACGUCGCGUGGAGAUGGCCAACCUACUCAACCUGACCGAAAGACAGAUCAAAAUUUGGUUCCAGAACCGCAGGAUGAAAUACAAGAAGGAUCAAAAAGGCGUGGGGAUGAUGCCGUCCCCUGGGGGCCAGUCCCCCCGCAGUCCGGUGGGCCCCACUUCGGGGGGAGGCUACCUCACCUCUAUGCAUUCUCUGGUCAACAGUGUUCCUUACGAGUCCCAGUCGCCCACCUCAUAUACUAAAAACCACCAGAACGCGUACGGAAUGGCCCCAUCGUACCCACCGCCUCUCAACAACUCCCAUAAGAGGUACCCCGACUCGGCCACGCCCGAGUACGAAGCGCACGCCCUGCAGAGUGGCAACUACAUGCAAGGCAGCCCCGUGUACGUCGGCGGUGGUUACGUGGAAGCCGCGCCCAACUCCGGGGCGUCGGUUUUCGGCCUCAGCCACCUCUCGCACCCGCCGCCGCCGUCCUCCAACAUGGACUACAACGGAGCAAUCACGAUGGGCAACAGUCAGCACCACGGCGGGUGCGAGGCCGCCCCAACCUACACGGACCUUACGCCGCAAUACUCUCAGGGAAGAAUCCAGGAAGCGCCCAAACUGACUCAUCUGUAGCGGUGCGAGGCGCAGCCGAUCCAUCAAUCCGUCCGUAUCACUCCGCCCAUUGUCUCGCGGCCACCUACGGACCGCAUCACCCCCUUUUCUUUGUGUGCCUCCACACUGCGUCGAGCUUCUUUAUUUCUUUAGCUUUUCCUUAUAGUUUGAUGACGUGUGACGUAGCAUAUAGGAUAAAUAAUCUUUUUUCUCUUUUAAUUUUGCUCCAAAAGACAUUUCCGCAGGCUCGAGGAGGGCCUAUUUAAUCGAUUUUGAAAUGUUUUUUUUUUUUUCAAAUUCAAAACAGGGUAUUAUGUAAACAUGUUAGUCGUUUUUUUAUGUGAACUUAUUUAUCCGCAUUUGAAGUUAAUUUUUUAAUGCAUUUUGUUGCACUUGUGAAAGGAUCCGAUGCAUUUGUCAAAAUAAGGGUGACGAGCUAUAAUAGCCCUUUUUCUUGUCUUGUUCUAUUUGGACUUUCUGAUGUUAUUUAUUUUUUUAAGUGUUAAAAAAAUAGUCCUGGUAUUAUUUGACAGCCUUCAGUGGGUUCGAGUCGUCCCUCUAUUUUCAGUCCGCUCCAUUUCCACCCUUCUUCUUCGAUUGGAUAUUUAGUUUUUUAUUAGUUUCCUCGCAAAAUCAAUUCAGUCGACGCAAUAAGGGUGGAAAGAAGGAUAACACGAGUUUCUUUUCGUACCACACUACGAACAAUUUCAUAUACAUUCCAUGCUGCUCCGGUUCGAAAUCAAUAAAACCAUUGAAAUACGAUCACAGCAUAUUUGUUUUAAUUCAAAUUAAUUUCACAAUGCACGUAAUUUGUCUUUAUUAUGAGAAAAUCGAGAAUUAAAUUUCUCUUAA